GGAGUGCCGUUGCGAUCUUGUCUCGCCGCCGUCCCGUUAUCGUGACACAUUAAAAAACGUAAACGUUCAAUGUUAUCAGCGAUAACCGUAAUCAACACGUUAUUUCUGCAUGCCGCCGGAACCGUUCGCGUUUCCGCACUCUCGCGCCCGUUGGUCCGGUCGUCUGUCCGAUCGUUCGCACGGUCGUCAUCACCAUCAUCCCUGGUUCUUGAACACGAGCCAAUAAGAAUUCUCAUACCAUUACCCUUUGUUAAUUACACACGCAAGUGACGAUCGUUGUUGGAGGCGAACGCCAUUCGACCCGUGUUGUUCAGGCUACGCGAUCGCAGAAACCGGAUAUCGCUUUCGCAACCGCAGACCGUUACUGUCCGUCGAAAACCUAAAUCCGUUCAUUAACGAUCGAUUGCACCGUUGUCGCGCGCGCGAAUACGUUCUUGUUCAUUUUGCCCCUUAUCGCGAUCAUCUACCGACAUCUCAACACCGGUAAACGUCCUUUCGCGUGGCCCGAGAACCGGUAACGUCGAAACGAUCAGCCACGUUGUCGCGGCGCAAUGGUGUUGCAGUACACAAGUACAGCUGUCGACCCGCCUGUCAACUUGGUGAGAGGAGUAGACAGUCAUGAAAAUGAUGAACUUAUUGAAAAUAUGCUGCCCGAGGAUGUUUGGUUUCAUGUGGAAAAUAUAUCAUCAGCACAUGUGUAUCUAAGAUUAAAAGAGGGUCAAACAAUAGAUAACAUUCCUAAGGAAUUAUUAGAAGAUGCAUGUCAACUUGUUAAGGCAAACAGUAUUCAAGGAUGUAAAUUAGCUGAAGUUAAGGUGAUCUACACCAUGUGGUCAAAUCUUAAAAAAUUACCAGGGAUGAAACCAGGAGAAGUCUCGUUUCACAAUCCUAGUAUUGUGAAAAAAGUAAAUGUAAAAAAAGAAAAGAGCAUUGUUAAUAGACUGCAUAAAACCGAAAAAUCUAUUAAAAUCGAUUAUGACAGUGACAAAGCAGACAGAGAUCGUAGAGAAGCAGAGAAGAAAAAAAUUGAACGUAAAAUUCAGAUAGAAAAUAAAAAAGAAGAAGAUCGUCAAAAACGUGAAGCUGCUGAACUGAGAUCGUAUUCAUCUCUUAUGAAGUCGGAAAAUAUGACACCAAAUACCGAUUACUCUGGAUAUGACUCAGAUAAUUUUAUGUAAAGAUUAAAAAAACAUAAAUGACUGUGUCUUUCAACAUUUAUCGAGCUUAUAAUUUAAAUGUAUUUGAUAUACAUAUUUCAAUUCUUAAAAAAAAUAUAUUAUAUAAAAUAUGA